CGGUUUCAGUAAUGUCGAAAUAUUGUUUUUCUAAGAAUAUCUUGAAAUGAACAUUUUGUAAAAUAUACACAAAAUCAUAAGAUGGCAUCCAGACCAACCCAUUCAUCAGCUGAUACUGUAGGUUCUCCACCAAGAUUUGGACUUCAGGGUCAUGCCUUGAGUUGGACAGAUGAUUUACCAGUGUGUCAUUAUUCUGGUGUUGGAUUUUCUACCAAUCAGAUUUAUAGAGAAGAUGGUGAUAGGCGAGAAGAACAUGAAUUUGAAGAUAAAAGUUUUCAUUUCAGGUCUGAUGAUGGGUGCUAUUUAUAUGGUGUUUUUGAUGGUCAUAAUGGAAACAGGGCAUCUAAUUUUGCUGCCCAAAGAAUGCCAGCUGAAUUAUUGUUGGGUCAGUUACAAGGUAAAACUACAGACAAUGAAGUAAGAGAAGUUCUCAGACAGGCAUUUAUAGCAGUAGAAAAGGGUUAUUUUGAAUCAAUGGAUGAGCUACUCUUACAAAAAACAACUCUUCAAAUGGAACUUCCUGAGGGCAUAAGUUCAUUUGAUGCCUAUAAUAAAUAUCCUGACAUAAUGAGUAAGAUACAAGCAUUAGAAACCCAGAUAGCUGGUGGCACUACAGCCUGUGUUGUAUUGAUUUAUAAUAAUAAAUUAUAUGUAGCAAAUGUUGGUGAUACAAGAGCAUUGUUAUGUAAAACUGAUGUUGAUGGAGUGUUACGAUUGGUCCAGUUAUCACAUGAUCACACUAUUGCUGAUGAACAAGAACAAAUACGAUUGGUUAAUUUAGGUUUAGAUGUAGAAAAAUUAAAACAGUUACGUAAGAUAGGAACAUCUGAUAAUACAAGGUGUAUUGGUGAUUAUCAUGUUAAAGGUGGUUAUAAAGAUAUUGAUAUCUUGAGGACUGCUAUAAGAGAACCUGUCAUAGCUGACCCCCAUGUUGAAGGUGGAAUAGAACUAGAUGAAGGCUGUAGAUUUCUUAUAGUUAUGUCGGAUGGAUUAUAUCAGUCUUUGGAAGAUGCUUCAAACUGUGAACGGGUGAAUGCAGAAAUUGCAUCAAUGGUGGCUGCAGAAUUCUCAAUGCAGUCUACCUUAAAUGGUGUUGCUCAGGCUGUAGUUGACAGAGUUGUUAGGCGCCAUCAUGAUGCCUACAUGACAGGACAUGACAUGUUAAAAAUUGUGUGUCAAAAACGUGAUGAUAUAACACUAUUGAUCAGAAACUUUAAUUAUCCUUUAGCUUUACCUGCGACUAGUCCAACGAUGCCUCGUGUGCCUUACUCUACU